AUGAAUGUAGCUGAUGCUUUGAAGAUCAUCGUUGGCGGCGGCACCGCAGAGAUUGUCCUCGCAACCCGCCUGAGCGAGGGGCUGACAAAGGCCAGCAUCCUCUUCAUUGAGAGAGGGCAAGCAGCCAUCGACGAAAAAGGCAUCAGCGUUCCAGGCACAAAAAGUGCGACACUGCGCGGCAGAUACGACUGGAAUUUCACCACGGUGCCCCAAAUACAUCUCAAUAACCGCAUCAUCCUUACUCCUCGCGGCCGGGUCCUUGGCGGUACAUCGGUCAUUUUCUCGGAUGGUUAUACCGGCCUCAAGGGGUUCAGCCGCUGCGGAGCAUGCCUCAACAGUGGCAGUCAAGAUACCAUCAAUCAGCUCCUGCAACAGGGCGGCCCUGAUACCGUCGUCUCGCUGUGUCCGGGUGCGACCAUCCCCAUCACGGACUCCAUCGUCUUCAACGCACCAGGGCAGGAGAUAUCCACCGAGGGCUACCCGACCGGUGACACCCGGGCCACCAUCAUCAUCCAACCGGGAAGCAACGCGACAGUUGCGAUCCGCGGUAACUGGCAGGACCGUGUGCGAGUACUCAAUGUCCAGGUCGACGGCAACCGACCCAAUGCGGGACCUCUGGGAGGCGACGCACUCCUGGAGAUGGGCGGUGGCACAACCGGACAGACUGUCUCCCAUUCCGUGGUGAAGAACACGCGCAGCUGGAGCUGCCUCCACCUGAUAGCCUCCGGUCAGGAUGACAACCCUUGCCGCAAUGCGGUCAUCACUUUCAACACGGUUGGACCAUGCGGCACCGAGGGCGUUGAUGAGACGGGCCGUGGACUAUGGGCCGACGGGCUGAGCAUAGAGUGCGUAGCCACGACCGUGACUGAUAAUACCGUGACCGGGGCAACGGACGGCGGCAUUGUCAUCUUCGGCUCGCCGGGAUCCUCGUUCCUGCGCAACACCAUAACAUCGUCCGACACGCAGCGCCAGUUCGGCGCUAUCAACAUGGUCGACCCCAACUACAACGGCAACUAUUCGGGCGUGGUCGUGUCCGACAACGUCAUCACCGGCACCGGCAACAGCUUCAUCGAGCUUGGCAUCGGCAUGGGCAGCCAGAUCUGGUCCAACCCGCACCCGCUCGACAACUUCGGCCCGACAACCGUCACAAACAACAUCUUCCGCGGCAACAUCGGCUUCUCCAUCGUCAUCAACGGCUGGGAGGACGGACUCACCGUGACAGGCAACGACGUCUCCCAGAUCCACGCCCCGACCUCUGACUUCUCAGACGCCUCGUCGUGCGGCAGCCAGCAGCAAGCCGCAUUCGCCGCCAACAAGCAGCUGAUCGUCUACAGGCCCGGCGCCGGCACUCCGCUGACGCUGCAGCCGGACUUCUACGAGCUCCCCGCCAACGCGAGCAACUGGCUGUGCCUGGACCACCCGCUUCCGACCCAGCAAUCCUUUGGGCCCGGCGCGCUGUCGGUCAAUGCGCGGACGUCGACGGUGGUGCUGCUGCAGAACUUCCGCGUGCAGGUGCAGGGAGACGGGAAUCUUGUGGGCUAUGACACCACCGGCGGGGUGUGGACCGUCAAGUGGGCGAGCAGCAAGUACUCGAGCAACUGUGGGAGCGACGGGUCCAAGUGCGAGGUCGACUUUGGCGGGGAUGGGAAUCUGGUCCUGUACGAUGCGCAGGGUCCGGUUUGGGAUGCGGGCACGUCUGGGACGGGGAGGACGCUGGUGUUUUACAACGCCGCGCCGUGGGUGGUGGUUCUGGGAGCGGAGGGGCAGACGCUGUGGACGAUUGCGGAUUUGAGCUAG